AUGGGAUUCAUGCAGAUUCUCAUUCUGCUUUUUGUUAUCAGUUUUCUUUCGAUAGCUGCUAAAGGAUUGCAUGAGCAGGAAAGCACCGUACAGACUUACAUCGUGCAUGUUGAAUUGCCUACAGAUACUCAGCUUUCCAGCGCAAGUGCAAGCCCAAAUAAUGAUGAUUUAGAAAAUUGGUACAAAUCUUUCCUGCCGACAACCACUAUCUCAAGCUCAUCAAAUGAAGCACCACGGAUGCUUUAUUCCUAUCACAAUGUUUUCAGAGGAUUUGCAGCUAAAUUAUCAGCUGAAGACGUGAAAGAAAUGGAAAAGAAGCCUGGAUUCUUAUCAGCUAGUCCCCAGGAGAUGCUAUCUCUACAUACGACCCACACUCCUAGUUUCCUGGGGUUGCAUCCGGGUAUGGGCUUCUGGAAGGAUUCAAAUUAUGGAAACGGUGUGAUUAUUGGAGUCAUGGACACCGGAAUAAGGCCAGACCACCCUUCAUUUAGCGAUGAAGGAAUGCCUCCACCACCUGCUAAAUGGAAGGGAAAGUGUGAAUUUAAUUCCUCAGCUUGCAAUAACAAAUUAAUUGGAGCAAGGAAUUUCAACCAAGAAUUUAGCGAUUCCGCAUUAGAUGAGGUUGGCCACGGCACUCACACAGCAAGCACAGCUGCAGGAAACUUUGUCCAAGGCGCUAAUGUGCUUAGAAAUGCUAAUGGAACUGCUGCCGGUAUCGCACCUCUGGCUCACUUGGCAAUGUACAAAGUAUGCAUAAUUGUUUGCCAAGGUGUUGUAUGCGUAGAUAUUUGCCCUGAAAGUGCCAUAUUGGCUGCUAUGGAUGCGGCUAUCCAUGAUGGGGUGGAUAUUCUUUCCCUGUCUCUUGGAGGAAGUUCAAAACCAUUUUAUACAGACAGCGUCGCACUUGGUGCUUAUACUGCAAUGGAAAAGGGCAUUUUGGUCAGCUGCUCAGCCGGAAAUGGCGGUCCUUUCAAUCAGUCUUUAGAAAAUGAAGCCCCCUGGAUACUUACGGUUGGUGCAAGCACCAUCGACAGAAAAAUAGUAGCUACUGCUUUGCUCGGGAACAAGGAGGAGUUUGAUGGCGAAUCUCUUUAUAAUCCUAAGCAUUUUCUUUCAACUCCGUUUCCCUUGUACUAUGCUGGCUGGAAUGCAAGCGAUAUUUUAUCUGCAUAUUGCUUCUCAUCAGCUCUGAAUAGCUCUAAGGUCCGGGGGAAAAUUGUGGUCUGUGAUUAUGGUGUUGGCAUAUCAGAUGUUCAAAAAGGAGAAAAUGUCAAGGCUGCCGGUGGCGUUGGCAUGAUUAUCAUAAAUGGACAGAACCAAGGUUACACCACUUUUGCUGAUGCUCACGUCCUCCCGGCGACACAUUUAAGUUAUGCUGACGGAGUUAAGGUCCUGAGCUACAUCAACUCAACAGAAUCACCAGUGGCUGCGAUUUCAUUCAAAGGAACUAUUAUUGGAGACGAUCAUGCUCCAGUGGUUGCUUCAUUUUCUUCCAGAGGUCCUAGCAUGGCAAGCCCUGGAAUUUUGAAGCCGGAUAUAAUUGGCCCUGGUGUAAACAUUCUUGCUGCUUGGCCUCAAUCCGUUGAAAACAACACAAAUACCAAGUCCACAUUCAACAUGCUCUCCGGCACCUCAAUGUCUUGCCCUCACCUCAGUGGCGUAGCUGCCCUGCUCAAAAGCGCGCACCCUGAUUGGUCUCCAGCUGCAAUUAAGUCGGCGAUCAUGACCACAGCUGAUCUGGUGAACCUUGCCAAGAAUCCAAUCGAGGACGAAAGGCUUCUUCCGGCAAACAUUUUUGCGAUAGGUUCGGGCCACGUGAAUCCAUCAAGAGCAAACAAUCCAGGUCUAAUCUACGACAUUGAGCCAAAAGAUUACGUGCCUUAUUUGUGUGGCUUGAAUUACACCAGAAGGGGGCUUCUUUACAUUUUACAACGUAGAGUGAAUUGCACCGAAGAAUCAAGCAUCCCUGAAGCACAAUUGAACUACCCUUCAUUCUCUAUCCAAUUUGGAUCACCUAUUCAACGUUACACAAGGACGGUUACUAAUGUUGGAGAGGCCAAAUCGGUUUACACGGUUAAGGUUGUUCCCCCUGAAGGUGUCGAGGUUAUAGUCAAACCCAAGACUCUGCGUUUCUCCGAGGUGAAACAGAAGCUGACAUAUCAGGUCAUAUUCAGUCAAUUGCCAACUGCAGCUAAUAAUACAGCAUCUCAGGGAUCUAUUACUUGGGCUUCCACAAAGGUCUCCGUCAGGAGUCCAAUUGCUGUCCUGAAGGCUCUUGCAUAUAAGCACAGCAACUUAAUCAGUUUCAGCAAUGAAUAUCGCUCUUCCUUACAUGCUUCUGUUUGUGCUGGUGCUUGGGGUGGCUCUGGACGGCAAUGCAAACAAGAACAUGUACAUGGUCGAAGCAAGAGAGAUCAGAAUGGCCCUAUCUUGCAAAUCGGUGGAAGCCGCAUCCGCCCGUUUCGAGCCAUCAAGGCUAGGACCAGGAGGGAUAAUUGGAUGGCCGAGUAAACUUUAUCCUCCACUGCCCAAUCAUGAAGUGCACAUGGGGGUUCCUCCAUCACCAUGCACAGGUGUUGAGCCACCUCCGCCGCCUUCUAAUUAGUUAGUUAGUGUUGCAGCUGAUUAGGUUUCUGCCUUCGUAAAUGAUUUGUCAACGGUGGGGUGUCAUACAUGUUACACACGUUGUAUGAGUAUUGAGUGAGUCUGUUUACUGUGUAUGACAUUUAAUCUUGUCGCGGUGUUGGAUGUUUACCAUGAGGAAUGUCCUCUUGUAAUUUUGUGACUUUGUUGGUCGGUUUAUGAUAAGGGUAUGCCCUUUCUAUUUUGUAUUUUUCUUGAGUAUUAAUAAAAUGGGCAAAUUAUACUUGACCUCCUA